AUAAAAUAUGACAGAAUCAUUCUUUUGUUAACUUCAAAAUUUACAGAAAUAUGUUAUAAAACUGAAAAUUUUAAAAAAUAAACUCCCAUCCCUUUAUUAUUAACAAUGUCGAAAAACGAUGACAGUCUCUUCCUAUUGGAAGUAUUGAUAGAUAAAAUUGUAUUUGUUAAAAGUCCUUGUUUUUCAGACAAAGAUUUUAGAACAUGUGUUAACAUCGAGUGCAAUGGAGUUGAGCCCUUAGAAGUAUGUGAUGAUGAACCGAAUGUUGGGAUUGCAAGAAGUGGUGGGCCAUUCGUUAAGCAAUUCAACACAGGAAAAUCAUGUCUCUUUUCGCUCAAAGAAAGUGAUAUUAGUGCUGCCAUGAGCAAAUUUCCUGUAAAAGUAACGGUGUAUAAAUCGCUUCCAUGUGGUUGUCUACCAACAAAAAUAGUUAUGGGUGAAUGUACAAUAGAUAUGACAAAAGAAUUUGUUGAAACAAGGAAGAAUUUCCUAGAAGAUCCAAGUAGUGUCAGCUAUCAAGCAUUGAAGGACUCAUUUCGAUUCGUUGGACCUGACGGUGAUGAGACCGGGGAGAUUGUAAUGUUUUUACGAAUAUCCUGCUUCGGAAAGUUGAUCAUAACUUCAUUUCAAGGGGCAAGCGGUGGCGCUCCUAGUUUGGGGGGAAAACCAAGAGGAAAUUCAGGGCUUGUAGAUAGGUCGUGUACUCCUAAAAAGGACUUUCAGUCAACAGAGGAUCCUUGCGUGUGUGGUGCAGCGAGAGGCCAUGGCGGGGCAGGUGGUUCAGGUGGACACACUUGCACUGGAGGUGGCGCCGUUUGUCCUCCUGCCCGAGAUCCUUACAAUACUAUGCCGUGCGUAGAUCCUGAUGAUCCUUGUUAUUGUUCUGGACCUAAACCUGCUGAAAAACAAAACAUGGCCUGUCGAAACACUGAUCAAUAUUGUUUACAUGUUCCUAAAGGUGUCCUGUCGAGCUCUCUAUUCUACCAAGAACUGAACGAUGAACAAAUAAAUAAAUUACUCACACACAGCAGCGUGGAAAUUCCUUUAGAUAAAUGUAAUAAGCUUAUGAAAGUGUAUAACAACGUAUUACUUUUACCGUCCUGGGAAAAUAAGAUACUAAAAACCUCUAAGAUGUCGGCUCCAAUGAAGUUAUUAUCUGAUGACACUUCACGCACUUAUACAAAUUCGAAUUUGUCCUACAGCUCCUUGACGAGCACCUGUUGUAAAAGAAAUACAGAAGCUUGUUAUUCAAGAAGUUCAUAUAACAGUUUUGAUAUAAGGAAUUAUUAUGAAGCAGAAAGUGCAUUUGGUGCAAGGGAAACGACUGUAUACAUGACCCUUUUUGAUGAAUACUGUCCUAGUAAAAGUUCAGGUACUCAGGCUACAGCACUUAUAAACAAAUGUUUUCAAGUUCGCAGCAACAAUAACUCCUACGAUAUGAAUUCUGACCAGUAUUCCACCUACACGAUGUCAACUGUACCGCCACAAGACAGUACUCGAUACGUUUCAGGUACAAUGAAUUAUUCAGAAGUUUACUUUUUCGGGAGAAAGAAAGAGCCAGAAAAGGGGAUGGGAGGAAAAGGAUCUAAAACAAAACUAUGUAAAACUGGACAACCUCCAUCUGCAGCUAGUAAAAGUACAACUACCAAAACGACACGAUCUAAAGACCAAAGUACUUGCUCAUCUCAAACAAAACGGAAAUUGGGCGCAAACACAUCAACAGGUACUUAUAAAUCUGUUACAAUAAAAGACGAUAAGCCUGAAAAGCCUUGCCCUGCUUUGACUGCAUCAAAGGGGGAGAUGAUGGCUACUGUAUCACAUAUUAAAAUAGGACCAAAGGAACCUUGCCCCGUGCAUGGUAAGGAACCGUGUCAGGGGCCAAAGUGCAUUGUAGCAUCUUCCGGAGAAAAUUCAGCCCCUGUAAAGGUUACUACAGUUACAAAUGCACGAAGAGGCGUUUUUGAACUAGUUAUUAGAAGAAUAACAGGUGCACCACUAGCCAAAAAUGAACUUCUUCUUGAAUGGACACCCCCACCUUCCCGUCCACCUCCUUGUGGAUCACCAUGCCCUAUACCAUGUACCUUUUCAGGACCAUGUAGACCCUCAAAAUGUAAAUUAAUAGUUUGCAAACCAUCACCAUGUAGGCCUAAAUGCUGCAAAAAGAAACCAUGUGGACAGCCGUGCCGACCGCCAUGUAAAACAUGUUGCAAGACAAGCUGUUGUGGAAAACCUUGUAGCUCUUGCGUUCCUUUUCCACCGCCACCAUGUAAGAAGCCCUGUAGCCCUCCAUGCUGUAGAUUACCAUGCAAGAGUUCACCUUGCUUGAAGCCAUGUCCAAUUGGUCGUAAGCGCCCACGUAAGUCGAAAAGUCAACCGAAAAUCAAAGCGCACAAGAAACAUCAGUCCCCGUGCAAUAAUAGAGUUAAGGCAUGCCCUGUAGUAAAGUGCCGCAGCAUGCCUGGAUGCUGUGCCAUACCAUUACCAUGCCCACCAAGAAAAUGCUGCUCAGUAGCCCCAUGUAAGCCGCCCAAGUGCUGCAGAAGUAAUUGUUCAUCCUGCUGCGGUUGCUAGAUCUGCAAAUAGAAAUAAUUCAGUAUUUGGUAUAUU